CUGGAGUUUUGUAUCAGCUGGAGCUGAGCACAAACUUUAUCAUUUUAUUAAACUUUAGACUUUUACUGAUACAAAAUGUGCACAAGGAUGAAGAAAGCCUUGGUGGACAUAUUUGAAGGCCCGAGUGAUGAGGAGGAGUUUCUUGGUUUUGGAGCUGCUUCUUCAGGCCAGUUCUCUGAAGAGAGCCGAGACAGCCUCAGCUCCCAGAGAGCGUGGAAGCCGAGUCUUUGCUUUAGAUCUAAAUUCAUUACCAAUGAGCUGGCGCAGGUCUUCAUGGACACGGACAGUGAAGAGGAGUUUGAAGGGUUUGAUAAAGAAGAGAGCUCUCUACGCAACAGCUGGAUGAGCCCCUUGGACUUUGAGGAAGAGGAAGACAGCGAUGACAUUGGUUUUUAUUCAGAUAACGAUGACGAUUCGGCCCCACAAAAAAGGCAGAGCUCGGGAUUGUGUGUCGCGUUCAGGUUUCCAGCCAGAAGAAGCUCCACUCAAGAAAGCACAGUCCCGAAGGAACCUAGAGUUUACCUGAACAGAAAUCCACCUGUGGAGAGAAACAGAAAGAGGAGAGCAGGUGGUGCAGAUCCACCUGUGGCUCAGAAAAGCCGAAAAGUCCAGAGAAGAUCCAGAGCCCCUAAUAAUGAUUCGGAGGAAGAGGAGGAGGAGGAGGAGGAAGUCAAACUGACCGAGGCAGACGUACAAAUACUGAGUCAAAGAGCUAAAAAUAUUCAGGAGAAUAAAGCAAUGCUUGCAAAGUUAUUUGCAGACCUGACCUCGUUACCUGAACUCUCCCAAAAGACCACACCUGUGAAAAAGAAAAAGCAGCAGAGUCCGAAAAAGCGUGCGUCCGAAGUUCAGAGCGAGCGGCGGAACCCGAGCCGCAAAGCCAGACCCCCGGAGCACUUUGGGCUCGAGCAGGAACCGAUUGUCGCUGCGAAACCAAGAAAGAGUGUCGAAUUCGACCUGAAGAAAUUGAUGGAGAUUGAUGAAGAGCUGCGUGUGAACAGGGACACACCGAGGAGAAAAUAUAGGCAACGCGUUUCUGUACGAAUGCCAGACGACAUCACAGAGGAGGAGCUGGACAACGUGGCCGACCGCGCUAAAGACAAAAUUCUCGAUAAAGAAAACGGCAGCACGUGUCACCAGUGCAGACAGAAGACUCUGGACACCAAGACCGAGUGCAGGAACCUGUACUGUCAGGGGGUUAAAGGGCAAUUCUGUGGGCCCUGCUUGAGGAACCGCUACGGAGAAGACGUCCGUACGGCUCUGUUAGAUCCGACGUGGGAGUGUCCUCUGUGUCGUGGGAUCUGUAACUGCAGCCUGUGUCGUAAACGGGACGGACGCUGUGCCACCGGAGCUCUGACUCACUUAGCCAAAUAUUAUGGCUACAAUAACGUGAAGGAAUAUCUAGAGAGUCUGCAGAAGGAUCGUGACUGAAAUCAGACCGGUGUGUGCAGGAACCUACUGUAACAGAAUCUAUUGUGACAUCAAGGGGUUAACGGAACACUGCAGCAUAUUUCAGCCUUAUCUUUACCCUCCACAUCUGUCGAGAAUGUGAAACCAUCACAUACGGGAAUUUUCACUAGUUGUGUUACACCAAGGAGCAAAACCGAAACCACCUUCUUACUGUUCUGGUGUAUUUUUAUCCAUGUUUGACUCUGGAGUAAUACAGUAGGCACGCACAGUAAAUCAAACAUCUGUAUUGGUAACAAAAACCCAGAGUAUAAAUCGUAUCUGAAUUAAAAAAAAAAAUUGGUUUCGGGAUUUUUAAAAAGCUGUCCUGUAUUUUUUUAUUUUUAUUUUUUAUAAUUUUUUUAUUUUUGUUUUUAAAUUGCAUAAAUAUUUCUAGAUUUUAUAUUCAUCAUUUCACAGAUGCGCAUCAUUUAUCAGGCCAGUCAGAGUUGUGGUGUGUUUUAAUAUAACUUGUUUACUCACAAACAAACAAACAACAACAAAAAAACCUCCCUGUGUUUGUGAAACCUCCAGAACAAAUGUUCUGUCCAAUGACGAUCACUAUUUACAAUGCUUUUAUAUUCAUUGUGGAUUUAAACAGAAUCUGUUAAAGAUUUAAACAAAUGAAGCAUUUUAGAUGAGAUUCAUUUCCGGACACUGAAUCUUGCAUGCAGUCGUCGUCUACAGAAGGGUUGUAUUAAUAUAAAACAGAUUUGGUUUAUUGCGUAUUGGCUCUUUAUUCUCAGCACUUUGCAUCUCAGACUAAACACUGGAAAUGUUGCUUUUUAACUUGAAAAAGUCCGUUACAAACGAUGGACUAUAAAGGUUUAAGUUUGGUUUCAGAAAUCAUUCAGUUUUAUGUUUGUAUCACAAAAGAAAGUUUUCGGUGUAAGAGUCACGUUCAACCGGAACUGUACUGUACUCCCACGUCUUUUUCUUUGCUUGACGUUCUACAAAAUCUGUACGAUCAUUUUGUACUGUACGAUGUUUUCUAAAUAAAUACCUGAUUUCAUUUUUGAA